AUGAGCAGCGGCGUCAGCGUGCGCGAAGCGGCGCACCUGUGUUUGCAUAUUGUGCGCGAACACUUUGGCAGUGUGGUAGAGCGCGUCGUCAAAGUCCUGCUGCGGUAUGGACGACUUACGGUGCCCGAGCUCGUUCGUCUCUUGAACGAUCCGCCGCCGGAGCGGCAUCAUCCUGGCCGUUCGCGCUCUCGUGGGUCCAGCUCUAAGACAGAGGCUAGUCCCAACUCGAUACCCACUCGGCUUGUGCAGCAGGCGCUCAUGGUCCUGAUUCAGCACCACUGUGUGCUGCACUCUCGACCGUCGUCCGGCGUCGCAGCCGGGGCGAACCAGGAGCAUUUUGAGGUGGAUAUGGACGAAGUGUUCUCUCGUUUGCGCUUUGGCUCCUACCUGGAUCUUGCUCAGAAAUGGGGCGGUGAUGAUGCCCAAGCUGUGAUUCGACUCUUACUAUACCAUGGCCAGAUGCGUGCUGCUGACCUCAUUGACGCGCUGGUCAACGAAACACCCAGGGGCGCAGAGGACACGGACGACUAUACGAAAAAGAAGCGCGCCCUGCGUACUGCUACUCUCUCCGAAUUGCUCGCACGUAUGCUGCAAUCGUCGCUUGUUCGACCCUCUACGGCGGUGCAGCAUGUAUCGCCUCAAGAUCGGCGUAUUGCGCUUGAAGAAUCACUCUUGCGCUCUCAAAAAGGCAUCCCUACCGCCAAAUCCCUUCGUGAGCUCAAAGCCAAAGUCGCUUCGAUUCUCGACGAAGAAGACCGCCGCGACUGGGAAGGCGUAGAGCAUGGCGAGGACGGAUUGCGACUGGGCUUAAAACGAAAAGAGGCCAAGGACGGGAGCCGAGAAAAACGUGCGCGGCGAUCGACGCACGCUGACGUGAGUGCUGGCCGUAUGGACGUGAUCAUUGAUGUGCGUAUCUUAUGCUCUGACCAGCAGCCUGAUGUGUGGCUCCGUGUCCACAACGACUAUUUCCACAUUCAAAUGCGGAAUGAUAUGAUUGCCACGGCUGUGGGCAACAAGUACAACAGCACCACAGGCGACGUCAUGCGCUUGAUGUUACAGCAAGAUCAGCCUGGCGUAUGCCGUUGCGAAAAGGAUGAGCGGUCUCGCCCUAUUUCUGUCACGACCCUCUCGCAUCAUAUUCCAGAGCAUGUGCGCAUUCAGCGCGGACUCGAUCGUCGUUCGAUCAUGGGCGACGAGCGUACGUCGCGAGCGCCCACGACCAUUGAAUUGCUUGCGGAAUACGUGUCAAUUUUGUCGGCACACGAUAACAUCUCGUCAUCGGCACGUAAAACGCGGCUCCUUGCCCCCUUUGGCUCGUCUAGCACGACCAGUGCGGGCGGCAGUGCCAGGGUCGCGACGAGCUUCACGGUGGAGUAUCGGAACAUCUUGGAACAAAUGCAGUUGCAAUUGAUCCGUGACGUCGUUGUGGAGCGCUUUGGUGCGAUGGCUGGCCGCAUCUUCAGCAUCCUAGUAGAAAAAGGCAAGCUAGAAGAGAAGCAUAUUUCCAAAAUUGGCCUGCUGUCGAUGAGCGAGACGCGCGAUAUCUGCUCGCGCAUGUUUGCCGCUUCAAUUUUGAGUCUGCAGGAAGUACCGAAGAGCAACGAACGCAAUCCUCAGCGUACCUUCUUUUUGUGGUUCGUGGAUUUGUACAAGUGUAAGUCAUGGCUGCUGGAUCAGCUAUACCGCACUCUUAUCCAACUGAGCCGCCGGCGCCUGUAUGAAGAGGCCAACAAGUCCUCGUUGCUAGAAAAGUCGGAGCGGACUGAUGUGCGUGAAGAUGCAGAGUCUCUCCUCACGGAAUGGGAACGCAAUGAGUUGCAGUCCCUACGUUCCGUGCAGGCGGCGAUUACCGUCGCCGAGGCGCGCGUCGUGCAGGACAUUUUCAUUUUGCAGCACUUCUCCACAUGA